AUGAAGAAAAUUCAGGGCAGAUUAAAAUCUUUCGGGAUCCGCACCACACAAGGCGAAUGGACCUUUGAUGUUAGCGCGGUCACCGGGGCAGCCGAUGCACAGCCAGUUGCAGGAGCUGAUGCACAACCACAACCAACAGCACCCCCUCAAAAACCUGGUGGCCAAGAUGCAAAUCUUGCAAAUAAUAUUAUCAAACCACUGACCAGAAAUGGGCAACAGUUGCACGGUGAAACAAGCAGCGAAAGGGAUCUCCCUCGGAGUGAUGUUAAUGACGAUGAUGAUGCCUUCAUGGAACCCCCACCGAGGCAACCAGUAGCGAAGAAACAGUGUAUCAAUGCAACUUCCAAGCUUGCCAAGAACCCCGUCAAGUAUGCUCACGCACCUACAGUUCGAUGUGCACCAUCAACAUUUAACUCCUUUGUCGACCACCUAACACUUUGGCAACGUAGGCGAAUCAAAGAUAUGGGUUUUGGUGGACUCCUUUGUGUUGCAGCAGAGAGGUUAGAGAGCAGAGAGCUAUUGAAGUUCUUGUUCGACAGGCUAGACCCCAAAACCAUGGUACUGAAUGUUGCAAAAGAUAAGGGUAUCCAUGUCACCCCGUUCAUGGUAAAGCAGGUGCUUGACUUACCAGAAGGUGGUGAAGAUAUUGUGUUGAGUACACACAUUCAAGCAUCCAAGGCGUUAUCUGCUCUCAAGACUUUGUUGGGUUUACAAGAAUCCCACGACCUGAACGCUAGCCAUCUACAGAAGACCCUGAAGGAUGAUCUGGAGCUAGGGUCUGGCAUGAUUACUGAUGACAUGGCAAUAAGAUUUUUCUUUAUCAUUGCAUGCAACAAACUUCUGUUCCCAAGCACCGACAACAACAUUAGGUGCAAGGAUGUUUACCUCACUAGAGAUCUGUCUUGCUUACCAGCUCUGAACUGGUGUAAGGCUGUUGUGGAUGACCUCCGAGAAGCUGCACUCAAUUGGCAGUCCGACAAAGCAAAGAAAUCAUUCUCAGGAUGCGCAAUAUUAUUGAUUCGCAAGCCAAUGACGUCGAUAUGAAUGGACACAUUACACAUAAUGUUGGAUCUGAAAAUGUAUUUGGUGCAGCACAUGACAACAUAAUGGAAGGCGACCUUUCACCCGUGUGUACUCAGGUU